UAUUUCCUUUUGUUUCAGGAAGACAUAUUCCAGCAGGUGAAGCGCUCAAGCUUGGCAUUCUGGAUGCAGUUGUGAAGUCAGACCUAGUUGAAGAAGCAAUCAAAUUUGCUCAGAAGAUUAUAGAUAAACCUCUAGAACCCCGCAGACUCAUAAACAAGCCAGUCCCAAGCUUGCCCAACAUGGACGGUAUUUUCGUGGAAGCCAUUGCCAAGGUACGAAAGCAGUUCCCUGGCCACCUGGCUCCAGAGACCUGUGUCCGUUCAGUCCAGGCCUCCGUGAAGCACCCCUAUGAAGUGGGCAUUAAGGAAGAAGAAAAGCUGUUUAUGUACCUUCGGGCAUCAGGACAGGCCCAAGCCUUGCAGUAUGCCUUUUUCGCUGAAAAGUCUGCAAGUAAGUGGUCAACUCCCUCAGGAGCCUCUUGGAAAACAGCGUCUGGGCAACCAGUCUCCUCGGUUGGCGUUCUUGGCUUGGGAACAAUGGGUCGAGGCAUUGCCAUUUCUUUUCUAAGGGCUGGGAUUCCCGUGGUCGCUGUAGAGUUGGACCUGAAGCAGCUAGAUCUUGCAAAAGGGAUGAUAACUGCCACCUUGGAAAAAGAAGCAUCCAAAAUGCAGCAGAAUGGCCGCGCUCCAGCAAGACCCAAACUUAGGUUUUCCUCAUCCACAAAGGAGCUUUCAAGUGUGGAUUUAGUGGUUGAAGCAGUGUUUGAAGAUAUGAACCUGAAGAAGCAGGUCUUUGCUGAACUGUCAGCCCUGUGCAAGCCAGGAACCUUUCUGUGCACCAAUACUUCAGCCCUGGACGUGGAUGAGAUUGCGUCUUCCACAAAUUGCCCUCAGCUGGUGACUGGCACCCACUUCUUCUCCCCAGCUCAUAUCAUGAAGUUAUUAGAGGUUAUUCCAAGCCGAUACACUUCCCCCUCUACCAUUGCCACUGUUAUGACCUUAUCAAAAAAGAUUGGAAAGAUUGGAGUCGUUGUAGGCAACUGCUAUGGAUUUGUUGGGAAUCGAAUGCUGAGCCCCUAUUACAACCAGACGUAUUUCUUGUUGGAGGAAGGUUGUAAACCAGAGGAUGUAGAUGGGGUCUUAGAAGAGUUUGGUUUUAAAAUGGGACCCUUUAGAGUGUCUGACCUGGCAGGACUAGAUGUGGGUUGGAAAGUUCGCAAGGGGCAAGGCCUUACUGGACCUUCCUUGCCACCAGGAACUCCUGCCCGUAAGCGGGGCAAUAGCAGAUACUCCCCACUUGCUGAUAUGCUCUGCGAAUCCGGGCGAUUCAGUCAGAAGACAGGUAAGGGUUGGUAUCAGUAUGACAAACCACUGGGUCGGAUUCACAAACCUGAUCCCUGGCUUUCCAAGCUCCUGUCACAGUAUAGAGCAACCCAUCACAUUGAACGGCGCUCCAUCAGCAAGGAUGAGAUCCUGGAGCGCUGCCUGUAUUCCCUCAUCAAUGAGGCAUUCCGCAUCUUGGGGGAGGGGAUGGCUGCUAGCCCAGAGCACAUUGACGUCAUCUACUUGCAUGGGUAUGGGUGGCCAAGGCACAUGGGUGGGCCCAUGUUCUAUGCUGCCUCAGUUGGGCUGCCCACAGUUCUAGAGAAAUUGCAGAAAUAUUACAAACAGAACCCUGAUAUCCCCCAACUGGAACCCAGUGACUACCUGCGAAAGCUGGUUGCCCAGGGAAACCCUCCCCUGAAAGAAUGGCAAAGUUUGGCAGGGCCUCACACCAGUAAACUGUAAUUUAGCCUUCUGUAUUUUGCCACACAUGUUGGCAUCUAAUUUCAGAUUGUUCUGAGGUACAGAUGAUGAUGAUGAUGAUGAUAAUGAUGAUGAUGAUGAUGAUGACGGGUCAGCAAAAGCUCCUCUCUAUAUCUUUCUACCAGAUGUGCCUUAGCAAAUCAACAAGAAGUGGCAUAUACGUGAAAUUGACCAUUUUCAGCCAUGUGAAAUAAUUGUAACAUGAUGUACAAUGGGUUACAAUGUAACCCGUUGUAACAUGAUGCUGGGUUAGGGCACUGCUCUGAGUAAGAAGAGGCAGGCAGAAAAGGCCACACACAAUUUGGAUAUAGAUAUGAAAUUCCAGAAUAUACAGAUCUGUGGACAGACAGUAGAUGAGUGGUCCAAGACUGUAAUUGUUAGAAGUUAAAAUUACUGCUGAUGGAUACAGAAUAUCUUUGGGGGAGGUUGAUAAAUUUUUCUAAAAUUACUCUAGUGGUGGUUCUGUAGUGCUACAAAUAUACCAAAACACACUAAGUUGAAUGGUUCAAAUGAACUAUGUUGUCUAUAUAUUAUAUAUCUCAAUAAAGUUAAUAAAAUUAAUGGAAA